GGCAUGACAAAUUUAAAGUAACGAAAACUGACGAAAACGAAAGACGCGAGUUUGGCAAACAAGUUGAAAGAGCGGGAUUUCAGAAAAAUUCUUUUAAUUUUACUGAUAAAAACAAUCUAAUAAGCAUUCUCUGGGUUUGUGAAUAUUGACUGUUCCAAAUAUUACGUUCAUAGAAAAAAUUUUCUAUUUAAAACUGCUACAAUGUCUGACGAGAAAAAUAAGGACUCGAAAACAGAAUCCGAGCAUAUAAAUCUUAAGGUCUUGGGUCAAGAUAGUGCAGUAGUGCAAUUUAAAAUUAAGAAACACACACCUCUACGAAAACUUAUGAAUGCAUAUUGUGAUCGAGUGGGUUUGGCUAUUGCUGCCGUUCGGUUUCGAUUUGACGGACAACCAAUAAAUGAAACAGAUACGCCGAGUUCAUUAGAAAUGGAAGAAGGAGAUACCAUAGAGGUUUAUCAACAACAAACUGGUGGAUCGUGCUGAAAAUAAUAUUUUCUAACUUGUGGUUUAUAAAAAAAAAAAAAUGGACUGAGAGAAUAUUCUCCGUUUGUUCCUUAAUUAAAAAGAAAAGUCAAUUAUUUUGUAAUUUAAUCUAAGUAAUAGAGUUUAAAACAAAAAUCCACUGAUCGGACAAAAGUUUCACGACGUUUUAAAAAUAACAUUCAAGCACACAAUUUGAUAACAUUUCAAGAACAAGAAAAAGAAAACUGAGUAUAUUCCGACUUAAUUAUAAACCAAGUGUGUUAGUCUUUAAUUAUUUUUUUUUAUUUUUGAAACAAAUUCUCUUUUUGUUAAGUUCUAAUAUUAAGGAAAUUUAUAGAGAAGUAUAAUCUACGUAAGUCAGAAUAAAUGAUCAAUUAUGACGUUGUUAUAAACAAAAAAAAAAAAAAAAAAAUUCUAACAUGUAAAUGAACAAAUAGAAUUAUAUCGUAAGAAAAAUUAAGUGUUUUUUAAAUAUAGGGUAUUGCUUUUUUGUGAAAUUAUUCUUCAAAGCACCAAAAAAAAAAGAAAAAUAUUUUUCACAAUGGCAAGUUUCUCAUUGAUAUUUGUAUAAACAAAAAAAAAAAGAAGAAGAAAACACUUAAUAUUUCUCGCAUGUAACCAAUUUUAUUAACGAUUAUUUUUAGUUUUAUUGAAAGUAUUUAUAUAUCAUUAAAAAGAAUUUCAACUUUAAUUACCAUGUCAUAAUUGUAUCUAAUAAAUUUGCAUUUUUUAAAUUA